AUGCAGCAGCAGCAGCAGCAGGAGAGGUGGAGGGCCAGAGGCGGCCCUCGGCCAGCGCAGCAGCAGCUGGCAGCAGCAGCAGCAGCAGCAGCAGCAGCAGCAGCAACUGCAGCGAGGCAGAAGGCCGGAAGCAGCAGCAGCGGGGCCCCCAGCGGCUCUUCAAGCUGCGCACUUGUCGACUCCGAGGGUACAGAGAGCUUCGGGGGCGGCGGCCAAGGGCCUCUUCUGCUGCAGCUUUGCUGCCAGUCCCUCCCGCAGCAGCAGCAGCAGCAGCAGCAGCAGCAGCAGCAGCAGCAGCAGCAGCGUCUCCGGCGGGGAAGGUGGAGUGCUGGAGCUGCAGGUCGGGCACUGAGUCCAGUGAUGGCCCUGAGGGGGCCCCUGUGCAUGCGCGCUGCGCUGCCUUUGGCUCCCGGGGGCCUCGUGCUGCUGCUGACGACAGCAGCAGCAGCAUCAGCAGCAGCAGCGGCUACCUGGCCCCAAGGUCUUCCCCAGUCUUCCCAAAGGGCUAUGGGCUUCGCAGCCGAGAGGCAGCAGGGGGCCCCCAGCCUGCGGGGCCCCCGGGGGGCCCCAGGGCCCGGGGGCCCCCCGGGGCCCCGGGGGCCCCCGGGGCCCCCAGGGCCCCCGACACCGCGCAGGCGGCAGGGGCCCCCCAGAGGUCGCUGCAGGAAGAAGCAACUCAUGGAGUGACUUUGCCUCCGACAAUGGCGAGGGGAUAUGUAAUAGAAGGAGAAACAAUUCGGCAGCCAGCUUGUCUGCAGCAGUUUAGGGUUUCUGUGCACCACCCGCUGCAUGCGGGGGCCCCUGGAGGGGCCCCCGCGCCUGGGGGGCCCCCCGGGGGGCCCCCCGGGGGGCCCCCCGGGGCCCCGGGGGGGCCCCCCGAGAGGGGCCUCGAGGAGGCCGGCAGCAGGGGCAGGGGCAGCAGCAGGGGGCCGGAUGCUGCUGCUGCUGCUGCUGCUGCUGCUGCGGAGUCGCUGCAGCAGCAGCUGGAGGCGCAGGACCAAGAGCUGCGGGAACUGGUGCAGCAGCUUGCUGCUGCUCUCAGCAACCCCACACUGCAGCAGCUGCUGCAGCAAAGUGGUUUGGGCCCCGAAGAGUUAGCUGCUGUUGAUUGCUUCUUCGACGAACUCAGCAGCAAAUCUGCAUACUUCCCAGACUUCGGCUCCAGAACAGACGGCGACUGCCAACUCCUCAUGAUCCCCCAGUGGCUCUAUUUGUACGCCGUCAAGGCCAGCCUCAUCCACCCAGUCUUCGUCUCUGCUGCUCACAAGAGACUCACGGCCUAG